AAGAAAAAUGCCAUUAAAAAGAAAAGGUAAAGUUAAUAAGUUUGCUCGUAUGAGUGAAGAAGAACGUGUUCGUUAUAUGCAACAUCGUGCAGAAUUAGAAUUAGAAGCAAAAAGACGAAAACAACAAUUGGUAGCAAUUUUUAGUAAGAACAAAUUGAAACGUGAAGAAGCUUUUUCAAGAUUAAAUACAGCAAAAAUAAAUGAACAGUGGCGAUUUAUCCUUCGUCAGAUUAAAUGUAAAGAAUUUUACGAAGAUGUAACGUAUCUUUGGAAAAACUUUGAUAGAAUGAUAAAUAAUAAGGAUAAAAUAGUACAGUUAUUGCACGUAGAAAUAAAGAUGGCAGAUAUUGAUCAUAGAAGGUUGCAAGAAGCUCAUAUUGGAAUAAUAGAUAAAAUUAUUGGUAAUUAUUACGCUUAUAAUUUUUUAGAUAUAUAUCCUUACAAAAAUUUGAAAAAAGAAAAUUUUUUUUUUGUCAUAGAACUAUACAGGCAAAAACUUAAAACUUUAUGUGAUAAUUACAUUUGUAAAGUGCAUAGCAUUCAAGGUGAAGAAACUAUAGAAUUAAAUAAAUUGAAAAUAAAUAUGGAAAGGGCUUGUAAAGAAAUAAAAUUUAUUACUACAAAUGAGAAAAUAGAAUUGGAAAAAAUAUUAACAAAAACAAGAUCACAAAAUGCUAUUAAUAUUUGUAAUAUAAUUUCAUUGAGAAAAGAUAUGAUGUUAGAACUUCAAAACAAUAUUUCUAUUAAAAUAGAAAGUUUAUCAAAACAAUUAAAUGAGAUAAUGUUAGAAUAUAAUAGAACUACAGAAACUAAGAGAAAACAAUAUGAAUUUUUAAAAGAGCAAGAUGAUGCCAAUUUUGCUGAAAUGACCCAAUAUCCAAAAUUAAGUACACAAUUACAAAAUACAAUUAAUACUGUAAAGAAUGAAAUAGAAAAUUUAUUAGAAAAAAGGAAGUUUAGCAUUAGUGAAUUAAAAUAUCAAAUGAAAUUUAUGAAAAACAAAUCAUUGGUGAUAAAAAAAAAUUUUAGAACUAAUCAGAUUUUAGAAUCUACACAAUUAAAGAAAUUAAGUAUUGUUUGUAAUAAUGUCACAAAGGAUUUGGAAAAAAUUACUAAAAAAGGUUUUGCAUUAUUAUCAUUGAUGAAGUUAUGUUCAGAAUUAGAACCAUUAUCAGUGUCUAUUAAAAUGUAUAUUUCUUCUGACAUAGAUACUGUAGAAGAAUCAACUAUGCAUUGUAUAUCUAAACCAUUUCAAAAAUUAGAAAAGUUUUGGAUGCGUUAUAAUCAUAUAAAAGUCGAAAAUAUUUUGAUGAAGAAAGAAUGUAAUAAGUUGUCAGCAGAAAACAAACACUUAAGAUAUAUAUUACGUAAUUAUCUCAUCAGUGUCUCCAGAAUGGAGACUACAUUACCAAUUACAUCAAUUGUUAUAUAA